UGCACAGGAAGAGAAAAGAAGGUCAAAACAAGAGGAAAAAUUUCCAUGAGAAUGAAGAGAGGAAAAAGGAAAAAUUGAGAGAUGGAGGCCAGAUUUCAGGCUGAGAACCAUUACUAAUCACCUUUACUCAUUCACACACAAUUUCACAACUACACUCUGCAUUCAUUUGCAUUCAUCUCUAUCUCUUCCACUUAACAUAUCACAACCUCUUUGUCCCAUUCCUUCAUCUUCUAUUAAUUUUGUUCCCAAGGAAACCCAUUGCCAAUUCCAUUUUCCAAUUCCAACCCUUAUAUUCAAAUUAACAACCAACCAAAGCACACACAUUAAUCAACCUUUUCACACACGGAUAUUUUACUAAUUCUGGAUCGACUUCCUCGGUUCAAGAUCCAAUGGCGGUUGCUACCAGAGGAACCAGGGGUGGAUCUACUUUUCGUGGUCUCUUCUCCUUCCGGAUCUUCAUCUCUGCCAUGUUCUCUCUUCUCUUCAUCGCCACCCUUUCGGUCCUAUUCACCAACAACCCCUCCACAUCCCAAGAUGUAUCUGAUCUUCCCACCACUGGCUAUGCACGCGUUCCACUGCCGUCCAAGGCACGACUUUUUGCACGUUGGCCAAAUCUGACCCGUCUUAGACCCAGUGAUUUGAUAACCACCCGCAGCUUAAAGAAAUCACAUAGCGCCUUUAGUGAAUUGCUUAUGGGCUUAGCAAGAAGCUCAAGCUUGACAUUUCUAAGCAAUUGAAGACUUUUGAUGAGUUGGCGCACAAUUUUUCGGAUAUUGCAAUGAAGCCGGUUUACCAGAAGUCAUUGUUUGAGACAGAUGGUCCGAUUGAUGAGGACGCGCUGAAGCAGUUUGAGAAGGAGGUUAAAGAAAGAGUGAAGAUUGCGCGUAUGAUCAUUGUUGAGGCGAAAGAGAAUUAUGAUAAUCAGUUGAAGAUCCAGAAGUUGAAGGAUACAAUAUUU